AUGCGCAAGCUACGCGUCCUGAUCGUGGGCGCCGGCAUCGGCGGCUGCACGCUCUCCCUCGCGCUCCGCCAAAUCACCGCCCGCACGCUUCCCGCGAUCCUCCAACGCGCUGCUACAGCCGCCACCCCCUCAGCUACAGCCGCCGCUGCCGGCUCCGCCACGGCCUUGCCCCCCGCAUCGCCCUCCGAGUCGCUGUUCGAGGCGACGGUGUUCGAGCAGGCGCCGCAGAUCCAGGCGGUCGGAGCGGGGCUGUCGCUGUGCGCCAAUGGGCUUCGCGUGCUGGACGGGUUGGGGCUGUACGAGAAGAUCCAGAAUCUUAGCGGGCCCAUCUCGUCGCUACACACAUACACGGAAAGUGGGAAGAAGCUUCGCACCUUUGACUACUCAUUCAUGUCCAAGCGCUACGGUUACCCAAUGAUGGCAUUGGAGCGAGCAGAGCUGCAGGGCCUGUUGGUGCAUGAGGUGAUGUCAGGCGCUGAGUCAGCAUCCGUGCCGCCCAUUCUGUUCAACAAAAAGUGCAUCUCCGUGCAAAACCUUGGGCCAGGGAAAGGCGUGCGAGUGCAUUUUGAGGAUGGCAUGUGUGAGGUGGGCGAUGUGGUGGUGGGUGCAGAUGGGGUGAAAUCAGCCGUCCGUUCUGCUGUCAUGCCACGUCAUGAUCCACAUGACCGUAAACCAAGCCGUGGUUCAGCAGCUUACAGUGGCAUCUCCUGCAUCCUCGGAAUCACCUCUUCCGUCCCUGACUGGCUAAAAGGCAGCGCCUACUGGGUGCUCGGGCCAGGCAAAGUCUACGGCACCUGGAGCAUGGGUCGCGACAAGCAGUACUGGUUUUUGUCCGAACAGGAGCUGAUUACUGCAGAUAACCUCGCUAUGUGGACACCGAGUGACGCUUUAAAGGGGAUGGACGACAUGUGGAACUGGUUUCAUCCGUACGAUGCUCAUGCGAUGUUUUCCCGGACCGUUCGGGCAGUUAAAAUUGGGUUUUUCGAGCUGCCUGCGGACGCGCCGUGGGUGGGGGGAGCGCCGAGUGUGGGAGGAGGGGGAGGGGGGAAGGUGGAGGGGCGGGUAGUGGUUGGAGGGGAGAACAGAGUGGUUCUGCUGGGUGAUGCGGCUCAUGCGAUGCUGCCGACAGUGAAUCAGGGGGCGAACAGCGCGAUAGAAGAUGCUGCAGUGUUGGCUCGGGCUUUAACUAAGUACUGCGUUGCCCCAACCAUGCAACACAGCAGAAGCAGCAACAGCAGCAGCAGCAGUAGCAGCAGCGAUAGCAGCAGCGACAGCAGCAGCAGCAGUAGCAGCACGGAAGGUACCAGCAGCAGCAGCUCCAGUGCGGCCUACAACUGGCGCAACGAGGCGUCAGCGGCAGUGCCCACGGCGCUAGCAGCGUACGCAGCAGCGAGGGAGGCGCGGGUGCGGCGCAUGAUAGGGGUGUCCCGGCGCACAGGGCAGUGGCAGACGAGCUAUAACCCGCUGGUGCAGCGCUUGCAGCAGGGGCUAAUGCAGCUUACUCCACAGUCGGCUAUGGAAAGAUCGAUGGACUGGAUGUACAAGUACAGAGGGCCGGAGGGCAUGUCGUGGUGA